CAUCAACAACAUGAAGCAAAAACGUGCUCGGGAGCAACAUAAAUCGCAAAAGUCUUCUAAAAAUAUUUUGGAUGAAGAAAUUCUGCAAUUGAAGAGUGCAUAUCAGGAGGUAUCCUGUGCAAACGAAGAAGUGAAAUCUUUUGCGGAUCUUCCCCUUUGCCAGAAAACUCUGAAGGGCCUGUCGGAAGCUAAAUAUGUCCGACCGACUGAAAUACAGCGGGAAAGUAUUUUACCUGCAUUGCAAGGCAAAGACAUUUUGGCCGCGGCUAUAACAGGAAGCGGAAAAACUUUAGCUUUUCUUAUACCGGUGUUGGAACACCUUUACGUAAGCAAAUGGUCCCGUCUAGACGGUGUGGCUGCUAUUAUUAUCUCACCGACACGUGAGUUAGCGUAUCAAAUAUUUGAAACAUUGAAACGUGUAGGUAAAUAUCAUGAUUUUUCUGCGGGUUUGAUUAUUGGCGGCAAAAAUCUAAAAUUUGAACGUAAGCGGAUGGAUCAAUGCAAUAUAUUGAUAUGUACACCUGGACGUCUGUUGCAACAUAUGGAUGAGAAUCCUCUCUUCGAUGCUACCACUAUGGAGGUGUUGGUUUUGGAUGAAGCUGAUCGCUGCUUGGAUAUGGGUUUUGAAAAAACCCUAAAUGCUAUAAUAGAAAAUUUUCCUCCGACCCGACAAACGCUACUAUUCUCCGCUACCCAAACGAAUUCACUAAAGGAUUUAGCUCGAUUGAAUUUACAGCAAGCGGUACAUAUAGGCUGUGGGAAGCCUGAGGAAAAUAAAUUGAAAAAACUACCAGCCCAGAUGGUGCCUGAGCUACUACAGCAGAAUUAUGUGGUCGUAGCUCUUGAGGACAAAAUAACUAUGCUAUGGUCUUUUAUCAAGAAUCAUCUAAAACAGAAAAUUAUUGUAUUUCUGGCGAGUUGCAAACAAGUUAAAUACAUUUAUGAAAUUUUCUGCAAGCUGCGUCCUGGCAUUAGUCUGUUAGCUUUGUAUGGUACGUUACAUCAAGAUCGUCGUAUAGCGAUUUAUAACGAUUUCGUGAAAAAGAGCAAUGUUGUUCUCUUCGCCACGGAUAUAGCCUCCAGAGGCCUUGAUUUUCCAUCCGUAAACUGGGUUAUACAGCUGGACUGUCCUGAAGACGUUACUCAGUAUAUACAUAGAGCGGGACGUUCCGCGCGAAAUAAAUCACGCGGCGAAAGUCUUUUAGUUUUAUUGCCUUCGGAAGAAGAAGCCAUGGUAGCUGAACUGGAGAGACAAUUUAUCACUAUACGCAAUAUAAUGAUCGAUCCUAAAAAGCUAUUCUCUCCACGUGCCAAAAUUGAAGCAUUUCUUGCUCAAAAUCCUGAGUUGAAAUCUUCAGCUCAGCGGGCAUUUGUGGCGUAUAUUAAAUCAAUUUUUUUAAUGAAAAACAAAAAGAUUUUUAAUGUCAAGGCCUUAGACAUGGAAGCAUAUGCUAAAUCUUUGGGUUUAAUAUUGACACCACGUGUACGUUUCCUUGAACGUUUCCUGAAAAAGCAAAAUAACAAAGAAACAGAAAAUCUCACCGAUAAAAAGGAAACGCAAGAAGAUUCGUCUAAUUUUAAAGUUUUUCAUAAUAAUGAUUCUGAGAGCGAUGAUGAAGAAUUGUUAACACUGAAACGGGCCAAUCAUGCUAUUGAAGAUGGUGCAGCAUUAAGUGACGAAGAAGAUUUACCUGCCCCCGUUUUACGCAAGAAAGACAAAUUGCUUACUAAAGCAAGUUUAGCUAAAAAAGCGCUGAAAAAGAAACUCCAAGUCAAUGAAAAACGUAUAUUCGAUGACGAUGGCAACGAGAUUGUCGAUCAUCGCAAACAAUUGCAAUCAACAUUGGCCAAAGAAUAUGACGACAAGCUUAAAGUAAGCGGGGGAAUUGACAUUGGAAUGGCCAAAGAAAUGCUGCAGGAAGAAGAUAAGUACGAUAAACAACGUUUCAGAGAAUUGGUUAAGAGAAGACAUAAAAAACUUAAAGAGAAAUUGAAAAGUGCGGAUGAACUUGACCGUAAAGGAUCCGAAGAAGAACAAAAUAACAGUAGUAGCAGUAGAGAAGAAGAAGAAGAAGAAGAAAACGAUAACACCAGUGUUGAUUUAUCGUGGCUGCCUGAUCCAAAGAAGAUAUAUAAAGGGCAAGGAACGAAUUUAUCCUCCGAUACAGACGAAGAAAAAGUCGAAAGCGAACAUAAUUCUCGCAAAGUCUCUAACAGCAGCAUUUCUGAUGACGAGAGUGAAGAUACCGAGCUGGAAGAACCUGCCAACAAAAAAUCUAAAGUCACUUCAAAACUCUCUUUGAAUGAUGCAGAAGUUAUUGCCGCCCAAUUAUUAGCUUACACUAACUAAGAGAUUUUCUUAUCACUACAAUUUUCUCAUUUUCAAUAUAUUCGAAGCAAAAUCGAGUCAUAAUAGAUCGCAUGCAAUCUACUUUCAUCAAGUAUGCUAUGGAAUGACAAGUAUUAUGGAAUUAAUCUGCAUAAAUGCUGUGUUAAAACUUCUUGGACUCAAUCAACUAUGUCAAUAUUGGAAUUUCUUUAAUAGCUCGCAUCCUCUUUUGGGUGAGAGAGGGAGGGAGAGAGAGAGAGAGAGAGAGAGAGAUUGUGCACUCUGAAGAACUUUAAAUAAAUCUAUUUUUUUAUUACAGCAAUCGAUUCCAAAUAAUUUAAACGAGUCUAUCCGUCAACUGUAGGCCGCAAUUUUUAAUACGUUUUGGCAAAGCGACCGAUUACAUAUAUAGAAGAUCGAUUUUAUGAAAUCAUUUAUGUCGCGUCUCACGUUAAUUGUGGGGCGACGAUUAGUGUCGAUUUUUAACGAAAAUAUUAAUCUAUUUUCCGGCAAAUUCAUUUUCUUUAUUAGAAAAAACCUGACGAAUUUAUAAUGUUUUUGAGGGUUCUUUGAAUUUCAAGAUAUUUCCCAUGUUGCUCACUAGUCAAGCUAUACUAUGGAUAGGCAUUUUCAACAACUGCAUAGACCUUGUGUGAUAUUAACGCUAAUCAACCAAAUAAUUCGACGCCUUCGCAUAUAAUCUGCUUUUGAACUUUACUCAACGUUUCCUAUAAAUUUAAAAUAUAUACAACAAUAUGUAUAUGUUAGGGAUAGACCAUCAUCGCUGCUGUUAUAGUUUUCAUAUUUCCUUUAGAAACUAUUUAAAUAAAUAAAAUUUUCGCUGCCAAAUCUAUAACUAAAGACUUUUAACAAUAUUUAUAUAUAUAU